AUGGAGAAGCCUCAGCUGAAGCUCUGUCCUCAUUUCGAGAGCUCCUCGUGGCAGCUGAGAAAGACGAGUUCAAAGAGAGAGGAAGAACGACAGUUACAUAAUGAGUCCUAUAAGAAGAAAGCAAAGACGGAUGAGGGGAUGUCUGGAGAGGAGCGUUUCAUUAAGUAUCGCAGUCAUGAGGGGUGA